UCGCCCGCCCCGCGGCGCCGACGCGCGGUCCCUAGUUAAGGCGGCACAGGACUGGGGCCGAGUGUGGGUAGCUGCUCCAUUCUUUGGGUCGGGUAGUUUGUGAUACUGCAGCGCAGCCAUGGCAGAACCGCAGCCCGCGUCCGGCGGCCUCACCGACGAGGCCGCUCUCAGUUGCUGCUCCGACGCGGACCCCAGUACCAAGGAUUUCCUAUUGCAGCAGACCAUGCUACGAGUCAAGGAUCCUAAGAAGUCGCUGGAUUUUUAUACUAGAGUUCUUGGAAUGACGCUAAUCCAAAAAUGUGAUUUUCCUUCUAUGAAAUUUUCACUCUAUUUCUUGGCUUACGAGGAUAAAAAUGACAUCCCUAAAGAUAAAGAUGAAAAAAUAGCCUGGGCAUUAUCCAGAAAAGCUACACUUGAGCUGACACACAAUUGGGGCACUGAAGAUGAUGAGACCCAGAGUUACCACAAUGGCAAUUCAGACCCUCGAGGAUUUGGUCACAUUGGAAUUGCUGUUCCUGAUGUACACAGUGCUUGCAAAAGGUUUGAAGAACUGGGAGUCAAAUUUGUGAAGAAACCUGAUGAUGGUAAAAUGAAAGGCCUGGCAUUUAUUCAAGAUCCUGAUGGCUACUGGAUUGAAAUUUUGAAUCCUAACAAAAUGGCAACUAUAAUUUAGUGCUGUGAGAAUUCUUCUUUGAGAUUUCAGAAAAAAUGAAACCAUUUGAUUCAAGAUAUUUACAUACCAGAAGGCAGAAGCAUCUAGGACUGAUGGAUCACUGUCCCAAUUCAAAUUAUUCUUCAGUCCAUUUCCCCUUCCUAUUUCAGCUGCUCUUUUCACCUAACUGUUCAGUCAUUCUGGUUUUCAAGUAGUGCUUUAUCUUAUGUCCUUGGAUAUAGUUGUAUGACUUUACUUUUUAGGUAAUAAUUAGAACAGUUCCCUUCAGAGCCUACAUUUAUCUUCUUCUGCCUCCUAAAUAUUACUUCUCUUCAAGUCUGCCUUUGAAUUAUCAUUUUCAAAAAAAAACAUUUAACAUGUUUUUGUUGUGGUUAUCUUCUGGGGUUUCAAUUCCUCAGAAACAACUUUUUUCACUAUGGAAAGUAAAGAAUACUGAAAGUGUUCUUUCAGUAAAGUACAAAGUGUUUAUUUUACAAAAGAGAAGGUACUCUUGAGAGCAAUUCAGAAUCAUGCUGACAAGUAUACUGAUAGAAAAAGUAAUUUCUUCUUAUUUAUAAAGUACAUUUAAAGUUCAAGGACUGACCUCAUUUAUUUGGGAAAGGGGAGGAGGAAGGAAAUGAUACGGUGCCCAGACACUGGGCUAGGCUGCAGCUUUAUCUCAUUUACUCCCCGCAGCUAUCAUGUGAGGAAGAAAGCAGGCUAGACAUGCGAAAUAAUGUUCAUGGAUAAUUUAAGAUAGCAUAAAUCGGCUUAACUCCUCAAGAUUUCAUCAUCAGUUUUAGUAUUUAGACCGUGCCUGAAAGUUGUAGUACCUCACAAGACCUCCUUCACUGGUUUCUUGUUGUAAAAACGUUCAGUGAGUUUGACCCCUUGUGCUCUUGGCUCUUGGGCCUGAGUACCAUGGUGAGGGAAUAAACACUACAACUCUUUAGUACAAAACUGUUCUAGGGACACCCGCUGAUUCUUACAUAAGUGAUGUUUAUAUUUCUCAUAAAGAGGCUUCCUACCCCAAGGUCUUCAUGAUGCCAGUAGCCAUAUUUGAUAAAUUAUGUUCAGUAAGAACUUAGUUAUCAGAAAUCAGCUCAGUGGUCUUCCCUGCCAUGAUUGACAUUUGAUGGGUUUUUUAAAAGUCAAAGUGAGUUUUGAAACUCUCUAAUGGCACAGAAAAUGGAAACAUCCAGUGUGUGGUUGACUAUGUUUAGAUUUUCUCUAGACUCUAGUGGAAAACCUUUGGAAAGGUCGUGCCACCCGUGCUUGUACUGCUGGAAGCACUUUACAUGUCCUUUUUGGGUGAAAUGGAUUAUUGGGAGUGCUUUAAACAAAUAGCAAUACUUAUAGACUGAAAUAAAAUGAAACUUCAAAUAAGA